GGCUGUGCCUGAGGAAUGCAGUGGGUGCCCCCCUAAGACGCCUUCCUCUCUCCUUUUUUAAGCGAGCCAAUUUCUUUCAUACCUAUCGAAAAACAACUACUUACCCCACAAUUCGCCAAAUCCCCACGUCAAAUUCAUCUCCUCACCCUCGAUCAACGACACAUCAUAUUGACUGUGACACUGUGAACUUCAGGAAAUUGAUAUAUUGCCCGUUAAGGGGCUGAAUAAUUUUAAGGGGGCAGAAACGUGCGUGAGUGAGAGAAAAAAAAACAAGAAAGGAAAUCAAAUUUUUUGAGGGACUGUCAGUUACAAGUGUUGGAUUUUUUCAAACUAAACUCUGGACCUGGAGAAUGCUCAUGCAAGACGAUGCAACCGGCUCGUCUUAAACAAUGUCUCAUCGUGAUAUCUCUGAGGUGGAGCCCGAAGGUACGUCGGCCCUGGCCGCAGGAUCGAGGGCCCUAUUUCUAGAAACCGUGAAAAAAAGCAAUGCAGCCUGUCAGAAUGGUGAUUAUGCUCUGGCUGCUAAUUUAUACACCGAGGCCCUCGCCCUGGAUCCCCUCAGUCACGUGUUGUACUCCAACAGAUCAGCAGCGCGUCUCAAGAUGGGCCUCUUUGCCUUGGCCCUCCAGGACGCUAUACGAGCGACGGAGUUGCUCCCCCAGUGGCCCAAGGCGUACUAUCGCCAGGGUGUGGCUCUCCAGUGCCUGGGACGUCACGGAGAGGCCCUGGUGGCCUUUGCAACAGGACUAGCCCGAGAUCCCCUCAAUUCUCAGCUGCUCUCUGGGCUGGUGGAGGCGUCUCUGAAAUCUCCACUCCGUCCCACCCUGGAACCCACGUUCCAGCAACUCCGAGCGAUGAAACUCGACGAAUCCCCUUUCGUCGUGAUCUCCGUCGUCGGUCAGGAGUUGCUAGGAGCUGGACAGUACAAAGCAGCUGCUGGAGUGCUCGAAGCUGCUCUGGCAAUUGGCACCUGCAGUUUAAAACUCCGGGGAUCGGUGUUCUCGGCGUUGUCGAGUGCCUAUUGGGCUCUCAAUUCCCUGGACAAGGCUAUUAGCUACAUGCAACAGGAUCUGGGGGUCGCCAGGUCAUUGGGGGACACCCAGGGGGAGUGCAGGGCUCAUGGAAAUCUGGGGUCGGCUUAUUUUAGCAAAGGAACGUAUAAGGAAGCUCUGACGGCUCACAGGUAUCAGUUAGUUCUUGCGAUGAAGUGCAAGGACGCCCAGGCAGCUGCCUCAGCCUUGACAAGUCUUGGACACGUCUACACAGCCAUCGGGGAUCUCCCGAAUGCCCUAGCCUCUCACAAACAGUGUGUACAACUGGUGAAACAAAUGGGAGAUCGUCUACAGGAAGCCAGGGAGAUCGGCAAUGUAGGUGCUGUUUACCUGGCGAUGGGAGAGUUCGAGAGCGCUGUCGACUGUCACACGCAGCACCUCAGAAUCGCCAGAAGGCUGGGGGACAGGGUGGAGGAGGCUAGGGCGUUCAGUAACCUGGGAUCAUCUCAUCACUACAGGAGAAAUUUCUCCCAGGCCAUGUCGUAUCACGAGAACGUUCUCAAGAUCGCGCAGGAGCUGGGGGACAGGGCCAUCGAGACCAGGGCAUACGCUGGGCUUGGACACGCUGCCAGGUGCGCUGGGGAUCUCCAGCAGGCGAAGCUAUGGCACCAGAGGCAGCUCGAUGUCGCUCUCUCCACGAAGGACAAAGUUGCUGAGGGAAGGGCUUGCAGUAACCUGGGGAUUGUUUAUCAAUUGCUGGGGGAGCAUGAUGCUGCGUUGAAACUUCACCAGGCGCAUUUGGGAAUAGCCAGAUCGCUGGGAGACCGAGCGGGUAUGGGUAAGGCCUACGGUAACAUCGGUAACGCCUACAACGCAAUGGGCUACUACGAGCAAGCGAUAAAAUACCACAAGCAAGAGCUCACCAUCUCCAAGGAGGUGAACGACCGCAGUUCUGAGGCAUCGACGCACGGCAAUUUGGCGGUGGCAUACCAAGCGGUCCAGGGCCACGAGACAGCCCUUCGUCACUACCGUGCGCACCUCUCGAUAGCCCGAGAGCUCAAGGACGCAGCUGGCGAGGCCUGCGCCCUCCUCAACCUGGCGAAUUGUCUGUCCUCCCGGGGCCGCUUCGAGGAGGCAGUCCCCUACUACGAGAACUACCUGAUGCUCUCCCAGGAGCUGCACGACGUGGAGGGCGAGGCGAAGGCCUGUCACUUCCUAGGGUACGCUCACUACUGCCUGGGGAAUCACCGUGAGGCGGUUCGGUAUUACGAUCAAGACCUGGCCCUGGCGAAGGACCUGCAAGAUAAAUCGGGGAUGGGUCGGGCUUAUUGUAAUCUGGGCCUGGCCCAUCUGGCUCUGGGCAACCUGGAUACCGCCCUGGAAUGCCAGAAGUACUACCUGGCGAUAGCCCACAUGAUGAAGCACCUUGCGGGAAAAUUUCGCGCCCUCGGGAACAUCGGGGACUGUCUGCUGCGCCUGGGGGAGACUGACGAAGCGGUGAAGAUGCACCAGCGCCAGCUGAAUCUCGCACGUCAGUCAGUGGAUCGUUCCCUGGAGGCAGCGGCAUACGGAGCCCUGGGCAUCGCCCACCGAACUACGCGGAAUCUGGACAAGUCCCUGGGCUUUCACACGCAGGAGCUGACACUCAGACAAGAAUCCGGAGACCUUCGAGGGGAGUGUCGAGCUCACGGUAACCUCGGGGCGGUUCACAUGGAUCUGGGGCAGUAUACCCACGCUGUCAAGUGUUAUCAGGAGCAACUGGAUAGGGCUAGAGAGUUAGGUGACUCUGGGGUGGAGGCGCAGGCUCUUGGGAACCUGGGGAUAGCUCGACUAAACAUGGCGCACUACGAGGACGCCAUCGGGUACUUCGAGCAGCAGCUGGCGACCCUUGAGCCUCUGACAACGGCGACGGCUCUUCUGGAUAAAGCGAGAGCACUGGGUAAUCUUGGGGACUGUUAUGAGGCCCUGGGGGAUCCCGAGGAGGCGGUGAAGUGUCACGAGCAACAGUUGGCGGCUGCUGUCAAGUUAAGGAGCGUUAGGGAUCAGGAGAGGGCUUACAGGGGACUGGGGCGGGCUCGGGAAGCUUCAGGGAACCUCGGGGAGGCCCUGGUCUGCUUCGAGAAACGUUUGGUCGCUGCGCACGAGGUCGACAGUACGGAGUCAAGGGGUGCGGCUUAUGGGGAUCUUGGCAGGAUUCACGCAGCACUGGGGAAUCACGAACAGGCUGUCAGCUGUCUGACUCAUCAGCUGGCGCUGGCGAGGGGCCUUGGAGAUAAAGCAGGGGAGGCCGAGGCCGCCAGCGGCCUUGGAGCCGUUCAUCUGCUGAUGAAUGACCCCACGAGUGCUCUGAGGCAUCAUCAACUGGAACUCACAAUCGCCGAGGAACUCGAUGCCGCUGGCCUGCAAGCGAGAGCCUGUGCCAAUCUCGGGGCUACUGAGGAAGCUCUUGGCCAGGUUGAUGAGGCUAUCAGGCUGCAGGAGCAAUCACUGAGUCUUGCAGCUGCUGCUGGGGAUCAGGCUGCUCGGGCAGCUGCUUUCUCAGCACUUGGGAGACUCCAUCAUCUUCGUGGGGAUCUUGCCAGGGCCCUCAGCUAUCUACAGUCUGGAUUGUCACUGUCUGAGGGACUUGGAAGGCGAGAAGAGGUCGCUAAACUCCGGCACAGGCUUGGGCUUGUACACUGGCAAGCCGGGGAACCCGCAGUGGGGGUUGAGCAGCUGGAGAAGGCGGCUAAUAUUCUUGAGUCUCUUGAUGGGGGUUUACAGGGACGCGGGCGCCUUGAGCAACUGUUGGAUGAGACUUAUGGGACUCUUCAGAAGGUCCUGGUGGAGCUCAGUCGCCCUGAGGAGGCACUCAACUGGGCGGAGAGGUCCAGGAGGACCAGGGACUAUCAGUCCAUCAAUCAUAUCGAGGAUGCAACUCAUUAUUCGGAGAUUGUUGACAGGCAGAGGGGAAUUGUACUGUAUUACAGCGAAGUUGGGGCAGAACUACACGCCUGGUGUCUCGCUCCCAGCAGGGGUCUGCUGAGAUUCCACUCUACCACCCUGGAGGAGGGACUGAGCCUUGAGAAGCAGGUGAUUCUCGCUAGGGAAGCCCUACUGGGAGAAUCUUCAGAGAUUGUUGAUGAGAGCACCAAGAUUCCUAUGAGGGGGCAUCUCAACGCCAGCUCCUACAGCUUGAGCUCACUCUUCAGCGUCGGAUCAGCUUCCUCAAGGGCUGGCAGCGCCAGGUGGGGACGCCCUGGGAAAGGACCUGUCUGGCAGGCGCCUGAAUGUGUUCAAACACUCUAUGAUCUACUGCUUGGACCCUUCGAGGAUCUCCUGCCGCCUGUCAGGAAAGAACUCAUCCUCGUGGUGGAGAAGGCACUCUAUCUGGCACCACUGCCGGCGCUGCAAGCUGGACCUGGGGAGGACUACCUAUGCGAGAGGUUCUCGCUGCUUGUGGUACCCUCCCUGGCGGCCUUGAGGAGGAGACCCAGGACACCUAUGCCCGAGGGAGGUGCCACUGUUGCUGCGCUUGUUGUGGGGAAUCCCAGUUUGCCGGAAGAACUGAGGGAGGAGAAUGGGUGGCCGGAGAGCGCCAGCUCCGCUGAGACUGAGGCCGGUAUCGUCGCGGAACUACUCGAGACUCGACCGUUGACGGGCGCUGAAGCAACAAAAUCAUCAGUCUACCGGUCCCUCCCAGACGCCGAGUGCGUUCACCUGACGACUCCAAUUCUCUGGAGCUCGUCCUCCCUCGCCCUCACCCCUGAUCAGAGCGAGGACUCCUCGGAUCCCCCGGAGUACCUAAUAUCCUCAUCCGACAUCACGAGAUUAAGACUGACCGCACGUCUAGUUGUGCUCUCAAGCGGCCACUGUUGGAGUAACGACGACACGUCGAACGUCACCCCCGAUGGUGUCCAAGCACUGGCGAAGAGUCUUCUGAGUGCUGGAGCGCAGUGCGUCCUGGUGGCCAUGUGGCCCGUGCCAUCGACAGCAGGGAGUAUUCUACUGAGGGCGUUUUACAGUGCCCUCCUCCAGGGUGCACGCGCCUCGAGAGCCCUCGCAGAGGCCAUGCAGACUGUCCAGCAUACAAGACACUUUGCACAUCCUGCCAACUGGGCUGGCUGGCUACUUAUCGGGGGUGACCCGCGACUAUCCAAUAAGGUUGCCCUGAUGGGCCAGGCCCUGGCGGAGCUCCUUCGCUGUGGUCCAGAUCAGUCUCGUGACGCGUUGAGAGUGACUCUCCACUUGGUAGAAAAGUCCCUCCAGAGGAUUCAUCGGGGCCAGAAGAACGCUAUGUACACGACCCAGAGGAGCAUCGAGAACAAAGUCGGCCCCGCGACCGGUUGGAAGGAGCUCCUAAUGUCCGUUGGCUUCAGGUUCGAGCCCGCAGGCAAUGGUAUUCCCUCCUCAGUAUUUUUCCCACAGAGUGACCCCGAGGAGAGGCUCACGAGAUGCAGCGCAAGUUUGCAAGCUUUAUUGGGACUUGGACCAGCGUCUCUCCAUGCCCUAGUUCGUCUUCUCCAGGCCCCUGAAGUUGCUGAAGACGUCAUAACAGCCAUGAGAAAAGCAGGAAGUGCAACAGAAGGUCAAGAAGUAUCUCUCCCCGUUCGAGUCUGGAGAGCCUCUGGGUCUCACGAGUUAUUCGCCAGUUUGGGAAUGGACCUAAUGGAGGUUGGGCAGGCGGAAGUGACCCUCAGGACCGGGAAACAGGCCUCGAGGAGGGCGGUGCAAUUCGCACUCCAGGCGUUGCUUGCUUUAUUCGACACGCAAGAAGCACCGAAGAGCCUCAGCCUGGACUCCGGAAGCUCGAUGGAGAGCUUAGCGUCUGUCCAACUACCCGAGAAGAAUGUCCUUCUCGAGCGUCCACGUUUGGGCGGAGCUUUUGCUUCUUAUGUCAGACAUCGGGGUGAACCUGAUGGGAAGACAACCGAACCAUCUUGCGUUCCAAUGUCACGUCAGUCUUAUCCAAACGAAGGAGGAGAAUCAGACGCAGCAUUCACCCCGAGUCCCCCAGUGGCGUUGACCUUGAACCACCAGGCUCGAAUAAGAAGUCUAUACCAAGAUCAGGCAGUUCGCCCGGACUCCAGUUCCAGCAGCUCAGUGACAGACUGGGAGAAUGGUCACAAUACAGUCUUGAGAAGACAACCACUACCCCCAAUCCCUCCCACGGUCCUAGAGCGUCUGAGUGUGCGAACAGAAUUGGGUACAAGUGCCGCAAGAAAACUGAGACUUCCAGGAAGUACUGAAGAGCUGAGCCAAGCUGACUCCUCCAGUGGAACCGAGGGGAUGCCACAAAUGAGGAAUUUGGGAAAUUCUCUGACCGGAUUGACGAGGGAAUUGACCCCCACAAUCUCCGACGUUUAUCACGAACGAAAUUUGGGUCUUGGCUUGGCCCCCUCACUGUCUAAAUUACUGGAGGAGGUCGGGAAUGUCACGGAGAGCGAACAGAGACAAUUAUCGAGAUCGGAGACGAGCCAGACGCAAAACUGGCUCCAGAACGAGCCGGAAUUGUGCAGGAGAGACGAGGCUGAUGGCAGAUCCAUUGCUGAGAGCCAGUGCAGUGCCACUAGCUCAAAUAAAAUUCAUCGAAAAGCACCACCUCCACCUGUCUGAUGCCCUAAUUUCUUAGAUAAUUUUAUCGUCAGUGGAAUUUUGGAAAAUCAUCAAAGUGAUGGGGUUUUAUUGGUCAAGAAAUGAAAAUUGGAAGUGAUCGUCUUGUAAAUAUUUUGGAAACCAGUGAAUUAAAAAAAAACGUAAAAUCUAACAAUAAACUUGUAUCGAAAGUCUCUCAAACAAUAUUGAUAACUUCAGUACUGAAAUCUUAUCUACAAAAUGAAACUAUUCCUUCUUGAACAUAAAAAAGUAUUCUCGGAAAUCGUAAUUCUUGCCAAGAAGACUAAUUAAAAAACUGUAUCCGUCCAAUGAAGCCUAGAAAAUUCAUCGCAGGUACAAUAUACGUAUAAAGCACUCCAAACGUUAACUGAUAAUCUAUUUAUAAUGAAGUAAUGGAAUAAAGGAUGUUC